AUGCGCCUUCCCAGCGAAUGCUAUCAGAUGCAAAAAACGAUUGAACCGCAUUUACCUCACCUCUCCCAGCCACAAUUGACCGGCCUGGCGCUGUGGGUCUGCGGGGCCAUCCUCGCCGGCAGCGCCUGCCAGAACGCCGUGGCCUCCGCCCUCUCGCCCUGGAGCAACUGGUACAACCUGCGCCAGCGCCUCAGGGAGUGGCUCUACGACGGCGGCGACCGCGCGACUCCCUGCCAGACCGAGCUGGACGUAACUCUCUGCUUCGCGCCACUGCUGCGGUGGGUCCUCUGCUGGUGGCGGUCGGGCGGCUUGGCCUUGGCCAUAGACCCCACCCUCAAAGGCGACCAGACCACCGCCAUCGUCAUCAGCGUGGUAUACCGCAGUUGCGCCAUCCCCGUGGCCUGGCACAUCCGGCACGCCGACCAGCCCGGCUCCUGGAUGGACCCCACCGUGGAACUGCUGCAAGCCUUGGCCCCAGCGGUUCCCGAGAAUAUGACCGUCAUCGUGCUCUGCGACCGGGGCAUUGCCAGUCCCAAGCUGUGGCAGCAGAUACGGGAUCAAGGCUGGCAUCCCGGUAUGCGCUACCGAAAGAACAUCACUUUCUGCGCUGACGGCGGCAAACGAUUGCCCGCCCAGCGCUUCGUCUCCCGUCCCGAUACGGCGUGGAUUGGCCGCGGCACCGCCUUCAGCACCCCCAAGGCCCAACGCCGCUGCACCCUGCUGGUGGUCUGGUACUCCGAACAGGAGGAACCCUGGAUCAUCCUCACCGACCUUGCACCCGAUCAGGUGGGUCCCAGCUGGUACGCCCUGCGCUUCUGGAUCGAGUUGGGCUUCAAGGCCCUCAAGAGCCUGGGCUGGAAGUGGGACAAGACGCGGCGCACCGACCCCACCCGCGUCUCCCGGCACUGGCUCGUCCUGUCGGUGGCCACCCUGCUGGCCCUGGCCUAUGGCACCAGGGUGGAGGACGCCCAGGAGCGGAGGAUUGCUCCAGGCAACCUGCGGGACGCCGCCCAAAGCGCUGGCUCCCAAUCACCGUGA